AUGGCCAGCUUGGUGGGACAGCCGUCCAUCAAGGGCCGCUCGGAGGCAACGCGUAUGAUCUUGCUGAAUUUUUGCACCAUUGGAAUAACCCAGCCCAGCCCUCCUCUGCUACACGUCUAUCCCAAGCGCCUGCUUUCUGACUGCCCUCCCGCUCUGGUAGAUUGUACGCCCUAUCUUCUCAAUCUCGGGCUCACCAAAUCCAACACUUCCCUGAUAUGGAUUGCUGGCCCCCUCUCUGGCCUGCUCGUUCAGCCCAUCAUCGGCGUCAUCUCGGACGAGAAUACUUCGAAAUGGGGGCGCAGACGGCCUUUCAUGGUCAUCGGAGCAUUGAUCGUGUCUGUUUGCCUGAUUAUUCUGGGGUUUACAAAGGAGAUUGUGGAGCUUUUGCUGCCGGACGAGGAGUUGGCCAAGGGACCGACAAUUGCGUUGGCCGUCUUGUCCAUUUACGCAUUAGAUUUUGCUAUUAAUGCUGUCAUGUCCUGUUCGAGAAGCCUGAUUGUCGAUACUUUGCCGUUGGAGAAGCAGCAAGCCGGCGCGGCUUGGGCAAGCAGAAUGAAUGCAGUUGGCCAUGUGGUGGGAUAUGGUGCCGGAGCCAUCGACCUCGUUCAAAUCCUCGGCAACACGCUCGGCCAGACCCAGUUCCAACAACUCACCCUCAUUGCUGCCAUGGCUAUUCUAGCUACAACGGCAACAACAUGCUGGGCCGUCCGGGAAAGCGUCCUCGUGUCCAGCCAGGGAUCCAAGCCGCAAAGCAGCUUUGGUGUGCUCGGCCAAAUCUACUCUACCGUACGCCACCUGCCACCUCGCAUCGAAGCCAUCUGCUGGGCGCAAUUCUGGUCCUGGAUCGGCUGGUUUCCAUUCUUAUUCUACAGCACGACGUGGGUGGGCGAGAUCUAUUUCCGAUACGAUAUCCCCGCAGAUGCGAGGCAGUCGGAAGAUGUCCUCGGUGAAAUGGGCCGUAUAGGGAGCAAAUCCCUCGUCAUGUACUCCUUCAUCACCUGCACGGGGUCGUUUGUCCUGCCGCUGUUUGUCAAGUCGCCCGAUGAAGAGCCGUACACGGCUCGGCCGCCCCAGGCUGUGGCCGGUUUUCUGAAGCGCUUCGAGGACAUGAAGCCCGAUUUGCUGUCCACCUGGAUCUUUGGCCAUAUCAUGUUUGCGGCCUCGAUGUCUCUUGCGCCAUUUGCCACGAGCUUUCGCUUCGCCACGACACUCGUAUGUCUCUGCGGACUACCGUGGACCAUCGCCAUGUGGGCGCCCACGGCCCUGCUUGGCAUCGAAGUCAACAAAAUGAGUGGCCGUACUGGAAACAGACGUCUAUCCAACGACCCCGACACUGAACUCCGUGAGCUGAACAACCGCAAUGCGCCCACCUUGUUGGGCGAUGGGCCUGAAACCCCGGCAUCAUCCUCUGGCGAGCUGUCCGGGAUAUACUUUGGCAUUCUCAACAUUUACACCACCAUCCCCCAGUUCUUGGGGACAUUGCUGGCUACGGUUGUAUUUGCCAUCCUGGAGCCAGGCAAGAGUAGGGAAUUGGGAAAUCAUGGUCAAGCGCCGAGGAGGGAUGGCCCAAAUGCUAUAGCUGUGUGUUUGUUCGUAGGGGCUGUUUGCGCCGUGGUGGCAUCCUUUGCGACGAGGAGGCUGAAGACACUGUAG